AUGGAGGCGAUGAAGCGACUGUCGAGCAUGCCGGCCUUCCACCAUCACGGCGGUGGCGACCACCAGUCCAGCAAGAAGGCGGCGGCGGCGGAGGACAACAAGAGGGCGACGAAGAGGGAGGAGGAGAAAGAUGAGGAGAGCGAGGAGGAAAGGAGCGAGGAGGAGGUGGAGGAGGUGAAGGAGGAGCGGGAUAGGAAGAGCUUCAGUCGCAGCAAGAGCUUCAAGAUGAAGCUGCUGCAGAAGAUGAGGAAGAAGAACGCGAGCAAGGAGGGCGGCAGCAGGAAGGAGGAGAUGAAGCGCAAGAUGGAGAGGGAGAAGCGCAAGGACGAGAUGAUCAAGACCUACGACAAGAAGGCGCAACUCGACUCGACCACCGCCUCAUCGUCCCACAUCAAGGAGAUCCCUCAGACCGUCAUGUGCGGCAUGAAUCUUCCCGGCUACAAAUCUCACAUCAAGCGGAGCGCGUCGUCAUCUUCAUCUCCAUAUUCCGCCGGCGCAGCUGCGACGAACAACCGCGGGCGGCAGGGGGAUCGUCAAUCGAACAGCAGCAACCCGCUUCUGAUCAACGACGAAAAGGAGCGGCGUCGGGCCGAGGCCAGGGAGAGGCACCACCGCGAGCUUCGCCUGGGGGCCGUCCUAUCCACCAACAACCCCCCGGAUCGCUCCCCUUCCCCCGCAGCGGCCUCAUCGUCAUCUCCACCUUCCGCGGCCCAAAAAAAGAACGAAAACGAAGGAGAAACGGCGAAGAAAAGAGAGAAGCACCGCUCGAGUUUCCUGGCGCUGGGUCACGGAGCCACCAAGCGCGCCGAAGCCGCAGCGCGGAGUGCCAGCCCGCCAGCCACGUCGCCAGGCCAGGCAUGGGUCAAGGGCACCACCUACGGCGGCAGCGGCGGUCAACAACCCCCAACCUCGUCGCCUUCCAGUGGCGAGUGCGACUACGCCGAGCGCGGGGAGGAGGGCAUCGACCUGAUGGAGCUCCAGCGCCAGUUCCAGCAGGUCGGCGUCGGCGGCGCGCCCGGCUUGAUCGACGAAGAGCGGCGGGUGCGGCUCGCGGAGGACCGGGUCAAGGGCGCCGCGCGGCUGCCGUGGUGGGGCCUCAACGCCUCGUCGGGCAAGGAGGGCCGCCGCAAGGAGUGGGAGCGCUUCUUCUCCGGCUUCAAGGUCUCCGAGCUGUGGGAGGACGAUGAAGGCGAAGACGACGACGACGAUGAAGAUGACGAUGACCCCUGCCGCGGAAAGAAGGUGGCCUAUCUCACGGAGGAGACGACGGUGAAGGAGGCCCUGGACGUGAUGAGCGAGCGCGGGCUCAACGCGCUGCCGAUCUGCCUCAAGGAGGUCGAUGGCAAGGCCGAGGGCGCCAAGGCCAGCGCGGCGGAGAACGGCGGCGGCUGCGGCGGCGAUACGCAGGAGGACGAGGUGCGCGAGCGUGCGCUGCGGCAUCUGCGCAAGUGGCGCAAGGCCGAGCUGGCCCGCGAGCGCGAGCGGAAGCAGCGGAAGCAGCGCGGCAAGACGGUGCUCGGGUGGAUCGACCUGCGCGACCUGCUCACCUUCGCCGUGUUCAAGUUCCCGCGGCCGCCGUCGGCCGACAUCGGCAUCGACGAGGUGCGACGGCAGGGCGUCGAGUUCACCCAACACAAGAUCCGCGAGCUGGUCAACAUCUACGGCACCAACGGUGCGCACGUGGUCAACGACGAGGGCACGGGCGGCCAGGGCGGCCAUCGCAUCGCGGCCAACGACCGCAUGCCCGCCGUGUUCCGCAUGCUGCGCAGCGAGAAGGGCCUCCGGGUGCUGCCGGUGUACGACCAGAGCCAGCUGCCGGCCGAGAGCCGCUGCCUGGUGCGCGUGCUGGACACCAAGGUGGUGAUCCGGUGGCUCCACCGCGUGGUGCAGGACAACCGCGCGCGCUCGCCGUUCGUGCGCGAGCUGGCCAACCGGCAGGUGCGGCACUGGGGCGCCUUCGCCGACGCGAUCCUGGGUAAGGAGCUCAUCUACUUCGAGACCGAGGAGAUGAUCAACAACUUUGACCACUUCCGGGCCAGGAAGCGCGAGCGGCGGAUGAGCAAGCUCAUCGUACCCUUCGGCAGCGUCGACGGCGGCAGCACAGUCGAGGUGGCCAACCACAAGAAGAACCCGUCGCCGCCGCCGACGCCCAACGACAGCCACUCGAAGGAGAAGCUCGAUCUUAACAAGCACCUCUUCACCAUCUCGGCCGACCGCAGUGUGAUCGACGCCUUCAAGAUCAUCUACAACUACAAGGUGUCGGCGCUCGGCGUGCUCGAGAAGAAGGGCAAGGAGCGCAACGUCGACGACGACGACGAGAGCAGCAGCAGCGAAAGCGACAGCUACGACGAGUCUUCGUCAUCUUCGUCUUCUUCGUCUGGCGAAGAGGAGGAAAGCGUAAAGAGGAGGAAGGAUCAGGAGAAGGCCAGGGGACCCAGCUUGAAGGAGGCCAAGGCCAUGGUCGAAGCGACGCGCGACAGCUCGAGCGACGACGAUGACGAGAGCAGCAGCGAAAGCGACAAUUCGAGCGACAGCGACGAUUCGGCCGCGUCGUCAUCGGAGGACGAGCCAGGCAACAACGCAGCGACGACCACGACUUCGACCGCCAACCACCACCCGAGCCAGCAGUCCGCCACCAACCAUCAGAGACCGGCCUCGCCCAAGCGCACCACCGACUCGCAGGCCCUGUCCUCGCAUACCAAGCCCACGCGGUCCCAGAGCGAUCCGCUGGGCCUGAGCGCCUCGAAGCGGGCCAACGCCCACGACGCGUCGGACACGGUCCCGGCCAAGGCCAAGACCCACCACGGGUCGGCGACGACGAAGGAGCGCAAGCCAUCCGGGUCGCGCGGCAAGCGGGCGCCGGCGCGGAUCACGCGCGAGGAGAUGGUGGUGCGGGCGGCGCAGGCCGGGAAGCUGAUCUCGCACCUGAGCUCGAGCGACCUCAAGAACUUCGAGCCCUUCGCGAUGAUGCGGUGCCUUCACAUGUCGAUCAAGGAGUACCUGGCCUGCUUCAAGGAGAAGAAGCCCCUGGUCACCUGCCGGCGCGACACGACCCUGCUCCAGCUCCUGGAGAAGAUGGCCCGCGAGGAGGUCAACCGGAUCUGGCUGCUCGCCGACGAAGAGGACGACGACGAUGAGGAGGAGGAGGAGGGUGACAAGGGACACGACCGGAAGGCGAAGCAUGAACCCAACAAACCGAAGGACAACGGCGGACGACCCAUCGGCAUGAUCUCGCUGGCCGACAUCAUCGCCGAAGUCACUCGAUUGUAG